AUGCGCCCCUCCCUUGAUUCCCUUGGCACUCUCAUCACGCCUGCCAAUCUCCUACUUUCUCUCCUCACCAUCGUCGGGCUCUCGCAGCUCUUCAAGAUCCUUCGCAGACGUGCGCACACAACGCAGCUUUCCGGCCCACCUUCGCCGGGCUGGCUCUUCGGCUUUGGCCGUAUCUUGCGAGCUGCGUCCGACUCUGCGUCUAUGUAUGACGGCUGGUCGCGCGCGCACGGCUAUGUGUACGCGUUGCCCGCCGCAUUCGGCACGCGCAGGAUCAUACUCAUGGACCCCAAGGCGAUCACGCACUUCUGCGCGCGGGACACAUACGGGUACGUCCAAAAUAAACUGUCGAAGCUCGCGAUCCAGGAUCUGGUCGGGAAGGGACUCCUGUGGGCCGAUGGGGACUCCCACAAACGCCAGCGCAAAACCCUCACUCCUGCGUUCAGCAACGUCACCAUCCGGCAGCUGACCCCAAUUUUCUUCGACGCUGGGUACAAGGUUGAUCCGGUAGUUUCUUCUAUCGAGGUCAAGGCCGCUUGGGACGGUUUCAUAGAAGCGGGGACGACGGGCGAGAGCGUGAUCGAGGUCCAGACCUGGAUGAACCACGUCUCGCUCGACAGCAUCGGCCUCGCCGGAUUUGCGCACGACUUCAGCACGCUGCGGGGCGAGACGCCGACCGUCGCGGCGGUGUUCGAUGCCUUUGGCCAUGGCGUGUUUUCGACGCUGCAGGGGAUCCUGUUCGUGCUUGCCCCGGUGGUGCCGUGGCUCAUGAAGAUCCCGACGUACCGCAGACGCAUGGUGCGCAAGCUCAACCGGAGUAUGGGCGAGAUUGCGGACGUCAUGCUCGAGCGCUCGCGCAAGGCAGGGGGGGAGAAGGACCUGGAGAGGUCGGUCAUAGGGCUCUUGUUGAGAGCGGAGGGAAAGAAGGAGGUGAUCACUCAGGACGAGGUCAUGGCGCAGGAUACGAGACAACCUCCAUGGGCACUGAUCGAGUUAUCGAAGAACCAAGAAAUCCAGACGAAGCUCCGAGAUGAGUUGGCCCAAUUCGGCGCAGUCGAUCCCACAUGGGAGCAGUUGACAAACGGCCUGCCGUACCUCGACGCGAUCGUACACGAGACGCUGCGGACGCACCCACCGGUAUUGGAAGUCAACCGCGUCGCCAUGGAAGACGACGUGGUGCCCCUGAGCACGCCCACGCGCGCAGCAGACGGCACGAUGACGGACCGCAUCGCGAUCGCGCACGGGAUGAUCGUCACCGUGCCGAUUCGCGCCAUCCACCUCUCAGAGGACGUCUGGGGCCCGGACGCCAAGGCGUUCAAGCCCGAGCGGUGGAUCGCCGGCGACGACCCCGCCGCGGCGCGCGCGCGCGAGCUGGCGGGGCACCGCCAUUUACUCACGUUCUUCGAUGGGCCUAGGAUGUGCAUCGGGAAGAACUUCGCGCUGGCUGAGUUCAAGGCGGUGUUGUCUGUGCUGGUGCGGAAUUUCGCGUUCGAGCUGCGUGACGGGCCCGAUACGAAGAUCAAGACGAAGGUGGCGAUCUUGCCGCGCCCUGCAAUCGAAGGGGAGGAGGGGACGAAGGUGCCGCUGCGUGUCAGGAGGUUAGCGUGAGGAAGAGGACUGGACAUUGUUCUAUACGAUCUGCAUCGCGAUGCAACCCACGCUCUCUUGUUUCUUCUUACACAUCGGACAUGAUUGGUACUGACUGGAAUAUAUCGCCCUGGCUUCCCAAUUC